GGAUUCUCAGUCCUUCAGGUCACAGCCACAGAUGAAGACAGUGGCCUCAAUGGGGAGCUGAUCUACCGAAUAGAAGCUGGGGCUCAGGACCGCUUCCUCAUCCACCCACUCACCGGGGUCAUCCACGUCGGCAACGCCACCAUCGACAGGGAGGAGCAGGAAUCCUACAGGCUGACAGUGGUGGCCACCGACAGGGGCACCAUCCCUCUCUCUGGCAGGGCCGUCAUCACUAUCCUUAUCGACGACAUCAAUGACUCCCGCCCCGAGUUCCUCAACCCCAUCCAGACAGUGAGUGUGCUGGAGUCGGUCAAGCCAGGCACUGUCAUUGCCAAUGUCACUGCCAUUGACCGCGACCUCAACCCAAAGCUGGAGUACCACAUCAUCGGCAUCAUGGCCAAGGACGACACUGACCGCUUGGUGCCUGAUCAGGAGGAUGCCUUUGCCGUGAAUAUCAACACAGGGUCUGUAAUGGUGAAAUCCCCCCUGAACCGGGAGCUGGUUGCCACCUAUGAGGUCACUGUCUCGGUGAUUGACAAUGCCAGUGACCUACCAGAGCACUCUCUCAGUGUGCCAAAUGCCAAGCUGACGGUCAACAUCCUGGACGUCAAUGACAAUACUCCCCAGUUCAAGCCCUUCGGGAUCACCUACUACACAGAGCGGAUCCUGGAGGGGGCGACCCCCGGCACCACGCUCGUCGCUGUGGCAGCUGUGGACCCUGAUAAGGGCCUCAAUGGGCUGAUCACCUACACCCUGCUGGACCUGAUGCCCCCAGGCUACGUCCAGCUGGAAGACUCCUCAGCAGGGAAGGUCAUUGCCAACCGGACGGUGGACUAUGAGGAGGUGUGCUGGCUCAACUUUACCGUGAGGGCCUCAGACAAUGGGUCCCCACCCCGGGCAGCUGAGAUCCCUGUCUACCUGGAGAUUGUGGACAUCAAUGACAACAACCCCAUUUUUGAUCAGCCCUCCUACCAGGAAGCCGUCUUUGAGGAUGUGCCUGUGGGCACAGUCAUCCUGACAGUCACUGCUACUGAUGCCGACUCAGGCAACUUUGCCCUCAUUGAGUACAGCCUCGGGGAUGGAGAGGGCAAGUUUGCCAUCAACCCCACUACGGGUGACAUCUAUGUGCUGUCCUCUCUGGACCGGGAGAAGAAGGACCACUAUAUCCUGACUGCCUUGGGCAAAGACAACCCUGGGGAUGUAGCCAGCAAUCGUCGAGAAAAUUCGGUGCAGGUGGUGAUCCAGGUGCUGGACGUCAAUGACUGCCGGCCACAGUUCUCCAAACCCCAAUUCAGCACAAGCGUGUACGAGAAUGAGCCAGCGGGCACCUCGGUCAUCACCAUGAUGGCCACCGACCAGGAUGAGGGCUCCAAUGGGGAGUUGGCCUACUCACUUGAGGGCCCUGGAGUGGAGGCCUUCCACGUGGACAUGGACUCGGGUCUGGUGACCACAAAGCGGCCACUGCAGUCCUAUGAGAGGUUCAACCUGACCGUGGUGGCCACGGAUAGUGGACAGCCCCCACUCUGGGGCACCACAAUGCUCCUGGUGGAGGUCAUCGACGUCAAUGACAACCGCCCUGUCUUCGUGCGCCCACCCAACGGCACCAUCCUCCACAUCAGAGAGGAGAUCCCGCUGCACUCCAACGUGUACGAGGUCUACGCCACAGACAAGGACGAGGGCCUCAAUGGGGCGGUGCGCUACAGCUUCCUGAAGACGGCGGGCAACCGGGACUGGGAGUACUUCACCAUCGACCCAGUCAGCGGCCUCAUCCAGACCGCGCAGCGCCUGGACCGCGAGAAGCAGGCCGUGUACAGCCUCAUCCUGGUGGCCAGCGACCUGGGCCAGCCGGUGCCAUACGAGACCAUGCAGCCUCUGCAGGUGGCCCUGGAGGACAUCGACGACAAUGAACCCCUCUUCGUGAGGCCUCCAAAAGGCAGCCCCCAGUACCAGCUGCUGACAGUGCCCGAGCACUCCCCACGUGGCACGCUCGUGGGCAACGUGUCAGGCGCCGUGGAUGCAGAUGAGGGCCCCAACGCCAUCGUGUACUACUUCAUCGCAGCCGGCAACGAAGAGAAGAACUUCCAUCUGCAUCCCGACGGGCGUCUGCUGGUGCUGCGGGACCUGGACCGGGAGCAGGAAGCCGUCUUCUCCUUCAUUGUCAAGGCCUCAAGCAAUCGCAGCUGGACACCUCCCCGUGGGCCCUCCCCAGCCCUCGAUCUGGUCACUGACCUCACCCUGCAGGAGGUGCACGUCGUGCUGGAGGACAUCAAUGACCAGCCACCACGCUUCACCAAGGCUGAGUACACUGCAGGAGUGGCCACUGAUGCCAAGGUGGGCUCAGAGCUGAUCCAGGUGCUGGCCCUGGACGCAGACAUUGGCAACAACAGCCUGGUCUUCUACAGCAUCCUGGGCAUCCACUACUUCCGGGCCCUUGCCAACGACUCUGAGGACGUAGGCCAGGUCUUCACCAUGGGGAGCGUGGAUGGCAUCCUGCGCACCUUCGACCUCUUCAUGGCCUACAGCCCUGGCUACUUUGUGGUGGACAUCGUGGCCCGGGACCUGGCAGGCCACAAUGACACGGCUGUCAUCGGCAUCUACAUCCUGAGGGAUGACCAGCGCGUCAAGAUCGUCAUUAAUGAGAUCCCCGACCGCGUGCGUGGCUUUGAGGAGGAAUUUAUCCGCCUGCUUUCCAACAUCACUGGUGCCAUCGUCAACACAGAUGAUGUGCAGUUCCACGUGGACAAGAAGGGUCAAGUGAACUUCGCACAGACAGAGCUGCUCAUCCAUGUGGUGAACCGUGAUACCAACCGCAUCCUGGAUGUGCACCGGGUGAUCCAGAUGAUCGACGAGAACAAGGAACAGCUGCGGAAUCUGUUCCGGAACUACAACGUCCUGGACGUGCAGCCCGCCAUCUCUGUCCGACUGCCCGACGACAUGUCUGCCCUGCAGAUGGCGAUCAUUGUCCUGGCCAUUCUCCUGUUCCUGGCUGCCAUGCUCUUCAUUCUCAUGAACUGGUACUACAGGACCGUACACAAGAGGAAGCUCAAAGCCAUUGUGGCAGGCUCAGCAGGGAAUCGCGGCUUCAUUGACAUCAUGGACAUGCCCAACACCAACAAGUAUUCUUUUGACGGGGCCAAUCCUGUGUGGCUGGAUCCUUUCUGCCGAAACCUGGAGCUGGCCGCCCAGGCUGAGCACGAGGACGACCUGCCGGAGAACCUGAGUGAGAUCGCUGACCUGUGGAAUAGCCCCACCCGCACCCACGGAACUUUUGGGCGUGAACCAGCAGCGGUCAAGCCUGAUGAUGACCGGUACUUGCGGGCAGCCAUCCAGGAGUACGACAACAUUGCCAAGCUGGGCCAGAUCAUUCGGGAGGGGCCCAUCAAGCUGAUCCAGACCGACCUGGAGGAGGAGCCAGGGGAGCGCAGCCCGGGCCAAGGCAGCCUGCGCUUCCGCCAUAAGCCACUGAUGGAGCUCAAAGGGCCCGAUGGGAUCCACAUGGUACAGGGCAGCACGGGCACACUGCUGGCCACUGACCUCAACAGCCUGCCCGAAGAUGACCAGAAGGGCCUGGGGCGCUCGCUGGAGACGCUGACGGCCGCCGAGGCCAGCGCUUUCGAGCGCAACGCCCGCACAGAGUCCGCCAAGUCCACGCCCCUGCACAAGCUUCGAGACGUCAUCAUGGAGAGUCCCCUGGAGAUCACGGAGCUAUGAUGAGAAGGGGAGCCUCACUGGUGGAGCCGCACCUGUCCCCCACCCCCUUCCAGGGCAAGGGCAGGACCGAGGGGUGUGGGCCCCUCCCCAGGCCAGCCCUGGGUGUCCAACCUUGGGGUGGACUGGCAACAGUGGCCAGCAUCAGCUGCUCAGACAGAUUCCACUUUGCCAGGCGCUCAUUCAGCAUCUGAUCUCUACCUUCAUAAAAUUUGUUAUUUUUUUAAGAAAACCAAACAAAAAUGUUAAGUGUCUAAGGACGAGGUAAGGAUGGUCACUGGGGGCCCAGGAGUCAGUCUGAGGACCAACUCAGCCCAGGCUGAGCUGAAAGAGGCCAAGCAGACCCUCUUCCCCUGGACCCUCCCCAGUACAUCCCCAUCCCGUCCCGUCCCCCACACAGGGCAGGAGCCCGGCGCCGGGGAGGGAGGCCCAGGGCUGGCGUCCCCUACCUAGCCUUGACUCCGACUUCGAGUCCCAGUGCGUUUCUGCUACAUCACUGGCGAGACAUCCAGGUGGGGACAGUAAGUGAUCCCUGCCUCCCCCCACGGACAAGGUCAAUGUCAGCGAAGCAACCGAAUUCUUUCCAUUUCACUGGCUUCCCAGACGUGUGGGCUCAUAAAGAGAAAUGACUGAUGUUCCCCUGGGUUUAGAAUGUCGCGUGUUCGUGUGUAUUCCUUUUUUAAAUUAAGUUAUUCCCUCA